UACGAGCUUCCUGUCUAACUUCACUGUGAACAUUACAACUGCGAAGUUUUACUUUUCGAGGUUAACUCUGGUUAAAUACAAAUUGAUUAGAUGAUUUUUGACUAGGUGAAUUAUACAAGUGCUAAAGAGUUUCAACUGUCAAUUUAUUUUUUGCGCAUUCGUCUGUCAACGUCGCAGCUAGCAAGUAGCAACUAGUUAGCUUGGGUUAAUUCUAACAACAGUUAGCCCUGAAGAGCUACAAACAACUAGCUAACACAAUGGUUAGCCAGAGGACUUCGACGCUUCUGUCUGCCUUCGUCUGUCUGCUGUCUUCGGCUGGAACAACAUGGGGACAUGGACACGGGAUGGGUGUUGUCAAAGUGGUCGCUGAAGAAGGGAAUGACGCCAUCUUACCCUGUUCUCCUAGUACCAAGGAGAACAUUGAGUCAAAGCUGUUUGACUGGAAGAAAGAUGGUCAGAUGGAGGUGUUCAUGUACGAUGCAGGGAUUCAUUACAAUAAUGACCUAUCAGGUCAGGAUGAGCAGUUCAGCAGACGGAUCUCACAUUUUCAAGAACAACUGAAGUAUGGCAACGCUUCCAUAGUUAUCCGAAACACAACGAUGGCCGACAGCGGAGACUACACCUGUGCUUUUCCACAUCUUAAGCCAGGAGGAGAAAUAUACAACAUUCAGCUUGUUGUUCAACUUACCUUCAAAGACCGAGCAUCGGAAAUCCGAGGUGCCUCUCCAAAGCCGUACGUCUCCAUCUAUGACGUCACUGACGACGGGGUGCAGCUGAAGUGUGAGGUUCAGGGGGCUUUUCCACAGCCGACGCUGCAGUGGCAGGACAGUGAUGGAAAGGUCCUUCCUGCUGAGGAGCCACGGGUGUCAGAGAGAGGAGGCCGCUACAGCAUUACCCUCCAAACUACUGUAACCUCGAUCACGACCAACCGUUUCCACUGUGUCGCCAAGCAGGAGAACAUCGGCCAUGUUGUUAAUGCUGAGAUCAUUGUGCCAAAGAAACUCUUUGAAGACAAGUCCUGCCAUGGUUCCAGCAUGGAUGGUUUUCUGGAGUUCUAA